UCUCGGAUAUAUCUUGUGCAUCGCGCGUGCUGUUUCCCUACCCUACCGGAGAUGCAGGUGAAUGAAGAUGUUGUCUGCGGCCUCAUCGCUGUGGGUGCCCCGCGUGUCGCGAUGGGUCCAGACAAGCCCACGUCAUACCCCGUGUGGGGCAGGCCGUUGAUCUGGAGGAAAAUUAUUGACAUUGGAUUUCCGUGUUGAUGACCUGCAGACGAGCCUUUCGACGACCGAAAUCCCGAAAUCUUCAACAACCACCAUGGCCACCCAGACCCGCACCCCCGAGGCGCUGCCCGCCUGGAAGACCGACCUCAUCGCCCUCGCCCUCCGCUCCCAGAUCCUCACCUUCGGCACCUUCACCCUCAAGUCGCACCGCGUCUCGCCCUACUUCGUCAACUGCGGCCUCUUCUGCACCGGCGAGCUGAUCGAGGCCAUCAGCAGCGCCUACGCCCGCACCCUGCUCGAACACAGCGCCGCGGACCCGAGCUUCCAAUUCGACGUGCUCUUCGGGCCCGCCUACAAGGGCAUCCCGCUGGCGGCCACGACCGCGCUGCAGCUCGCCGCGAUCGAGAAGCAGUCGGCGACCGGCGGCGGCUCGCCCGGCCGGUUCGCCCAGGUCGGCUACGCGUUCAACCGGAAGGAGGUCAAGGACCACGGCGAAGGGGGCCUGAUGGUCGGCCGCGGCCUGGCGGGCCAGCGCGUCGUCAUCAUCGACGACGUCAUCACCGCGGGCACGGCCAUCCGCGAGGCCAUCGAGAUGAUCCGCGCGCAGGGCGGCACGCUGGUCGGCGUCAUCGUCGCCAUCGACCGCCAGGAGAAGAUGCCGUCGGCGGCCGAGAAGGCCGGGCGGGGCGACGACGGCCAGCCCCGGGGCAGCGCCAUCGGGGAGGUCGUCCGGGAGACGGGCGUGCCCGUCCUGGCGGUGUUGACGCUGGGGAACAUCGUCGACGGGCUGAAGAGUCUGGGCCGGGAUGAGGAGGUGGGCAGGAUGGAGGAGUAUCGGAGGCAGUACGGCGCCACGGACGCGGCGUUGUGA